AGUAACCGUGCGGUAUUUGUAACGAUAGCGGUCUUCAAACGACGUGUUCAUAAUGUUGGUGUUUACCCUAAUAUUCUUUUGUGCUAUUUUAUACUAUAUACGUUUUCGGCGCAUGCGAAAACCUUUAUAUGAAAUUUCAGAAGUCCUACCUUCUGUCGGAGAUUUGCCAGUUUUGGGUCAUACACAUUGGUUUAUAGGCGGUCCCGAAAAGCUGUUAAGUAACAUAAAACAGUUGGCCAAUCUCGUUGAUUCGUCUGGUGGUCAAGCGCAAAUUUGGAUUGGUCCCUUACUUUAUUAUGUAACUUUAAAUCCAGACGACGUUCAGAAGAUAUUGGAAAAUUGUUUGGAGAAAGAUGUUUCAUACAAAUUUUUGCAAACUUGGCUGGGAGACGGUUUAUUUGUUGCUCCAGUGGAUUUGUGGAAAGUCCAUCGAAAAGUACUGCUGCCGAUAUUUCACAACAGAAUAAUCGAAGAGUUCUUACCAACAUUUGGUGAGCAGGCUGCAGUACUAGUGAAACUGCUUGAAGAGCAAGCUGGCAAACCAGAAUUUGAUAUCUACAAGUACAUCACAUCCUGUAUGCUUGAUAUUGUUUUCGAAACAGCUAUAGGUGAGAAAAUGGAUGUACAACAUAACCCAGAUACGCCGUACUUGCGCGCGCGCAGCUGUGUUAUGUCCAUAAUCAGUAUGCGAUUGUUUAAAGCCUGGCUACAGCCAGAUGUCCUUUUCAAUCUUACGCAAUAUGCAAAAAUACAGAGGGAAAACAUAGAUUUUACUCACAAAUUCACUGACGAGGUUAUAAAGAAAAAGAAAGAACAACAUAAAAAGGGGGAAUUACUAAAGGAAGGUAAAAAAGAUCUACUAGAGCUGUUAUUGAAUAGGGACUUUAAUUUCACCAAUGAGCAACUCCGUGAGCACAUAGAUUCCAUCACCAUAGCUGGCAACGACACCACCGCACUUGUAAUCGCAUACGCUCUUCUACUUUUAGGCAGUCAUGAUGAUGCUCAGGAUAAAGUUGUGGAAGAGUUAAAAUCUAUCUUUGGAGAGUCGGAUAGAAUACCUACUAAAGAAGACCUAAGUAAAAUGGACUAUUUAGAAAGAGUUAUAAAAGAAACCAUGCGCCUUUACACAGUUGUCCCAAUAAUUGGAAGAAAAACUCAAAAGGAACUCAAACUGAAAAAUUUCACAUUGCCAGCGGGUGUCGGAUGUGCAGUGGCAACGUUCGUGAUGCAUCGCUCUAAAAACCUGUGGGGUCCUGAUGCGGACAGUUUUGAUCCCGACCGGUUUCUGCCCGAGAACAGCGUUAAUAGGCACCCUUGUGCCUUCAUACCCUUCAGUUUCGGUUCCAGGAACUGCAUUGGUCGACAUUUUGGAAUGAUGGUAAUGAAGAGCGUCCUCGCCACGAUCCUUCGUUCGUACAAGAUCAAAUCAAAAACAAUAAACCGACUAAAGAUUGAAAUUUUAUUAUUCCCGGUACCCGGUCAUAUGGUUUCAAUAGAAAAACGAAACCCAUGACGCCAUCAAUUUGUAGAUAGAUAACUAUUAAUAGGGAAAUUAAAUGACAUCUCAUUGUUAGUAUACAUUAUUUGUGAUUGAAAAUAACAAUAAACAUUAGUUAAAUCAAACACAUUGAAAUUGUCGUUUUCAGUUAUGCUCGAUAUUUUUUAUGAUUUUUAUAGCAUUUUUACUUAUACAUAUAAAAGUAUACAUUUGAUUUGUCAAGACAUAACAAUACACAUAUACUAUUUAAAUUAUACGCUUCAGCUAUAUUCUUCAAGCUUCGGCAAUCCUAAUGUAUUUUAAAGAUAUCUAUAUAGAGUUGUAUUACAUAAUAAAUUAAGAUAAAUCGAAUUAAGAUAAAUCGGUUGUACUAACUAAAUAAGUUUCUGACACCAGUAAGUAGAACAGUUUUUUUAAUAAAACAAAAUUCAUCAAUUAAUACAAAUUUAUCAAUUAAUCACAAUUUGAUAUCACUUCUAUUUACCCGACAUUCUAUAUCUAUCCAUUCCACAAUACCUUGAAAAUUAUGUAGGAAUAAAUUAAGUACCUAUAUUUAAAUAAGUUAAUUUGGCGUAUUACAGGUCCAUACAAUUCUUAAAACUGAAAUAUUGGGGCUUCUUCCAUCACAGUCGAGGUACUGACGAGUUUUGGCGGCUCAAACGACGAUCACAAAUUGGUUUCUUGAUCGGUUAAAUUCGUAAACACGAAAUAUACCGAGGCACAUCAUUUAAAUAGUAUAUGUGUACAUGAUAUUAAAAGAGUAGGAUUGAUGCUAAAAAUAUAUUGACUCCACUGACAAUCGAGCCAUGUGAGCCGUGACUCCCUUUCCAUAGGUUUCGUUCACUGAAAUUAUAAGUCAUAUUAUUAUUAUAUAGAUAAAUCGUUCUUUGAUUGGCGUGUGACUGCCUUUAAAAUUAAAUGUAUCAGUGUAAAUAAGAUUAUACAAUUG